AUGAAGUUAUCAUCGAACCCGUCCAUCGCUGUUGCCUUGGCCUUGAUGGCCGGUACACCCUUGCAUGCCUUCACACCUCGGGCUCCCCUUACUGUCGACACCAGGGCUGGAUUGCAUGGUUCUAUGAAGCAACCAUUGGCUGCACCCCUUUGGGACACCGUCCAACCAGACCAUGACGACAGCCAAAAUCAGAACGAGAAAGGAAAGAGCACGGAUCCCACUCCCGCGCUUUUCAACUUUUUCCAAGACUCCAAUCAGCGUAAUGCAGCUGUGGCAACUGCUGCCUUGGUCACUGCCUUGUCCAUGGCACCCAUGUCAUCUGACGCUGCCAUGACGGGAGGCCGCAUUGGCGGAGCCUCGUUUUCGUCUCGCCCUGCAAUGUCUCGCCCGGCACCCAGUGCUUCAAGGGGAUACUACUCGGGGGGAUACUACUCGAGACCAACUGUAAUCGCUCCCAUGCCAUUUGUGGCGCCCAUUUCACCCUUCUACAGCCCCUACCGCUACGGAGCUCCCGGAGUCAUCUCUUAUAGUCGAGGUCCGGGAAUCCUUCCACUCUUGGUGUUGGGUGGAAUGGCCCUUACUGUGAGCAACGCCAUUGGCAAUACUUUCUCGCGUGGGGCAUCAUUCUUUGAAGAACGAGAGACGGACAGCGUCUUGGGCGGCGGAACCAGUGUCCUCAAGCUCAGCGUGGCCAUCUCUGUGGCCGACCGGGACGAUCCCAAUUCCAUUUUGAAGGUCCUUGAACGCUUAGCAGAUACGGCCAAAACCGAUAGCAGAGUUGGUAUCCAAAACCUAUCCAGCCAGAUUGCGGUCGAACUGCUUAGGAGAAAAGCAUCGGUGGUUGCUGGCGCUACGGACUACCAGCACUACCGCAACCGCGACAAAGCCCAGAGAGCCUUCAACAGCCUUUCUGUCGAAGAGCGAGGUAAGUUUGAACAGGAGACCAUUAGCAAGUUUGGAGGUGUGGACUAUGCCAGCAACAGUCGCGUCCAAAGCUUUGGCGCAGCAGACGGCAGCAAGGCAACCAUGGCAGUGGUAACACUUUGUUUGGCCAUUGAUGGAGACAAAACCAAGGUGCCAGCAAUCCGCAACAUGAGGGACAUCGAAGAGGCUCUGCGAAAAAUUGCAUCGGAUGCCAAGGUCUCCGACUGCCUACAAGGGGCUGAGAUUCUUUGGACGCCCCAGGAUAGCUCGGAGUCAUUGACGUUCAGAGACGUUGUGGCAGACUACCCAGAGCUGAACAGUGUUUAA